AUGUCUUGCCACCGUUGUUCACAGUCCACCAGCACACCCGCCAACUUUCUUCUACGGUGCAGGAGCUGCAGCAAAUACUGGCAUCAUAGAUGUCACCCCCCUCCCCUCGAAAGCGAUGAACUCCUUAAACUCAUCCGCUCCCAAAACGCAGGCGACCGCGAGAAUGGCCUCGAUAGUUGGAAAUGCAAACGUUGUAAGAAGAAUCAAGCGGCUCAAAUCAUUGGCAAAACUGCAGUUCAAUCGCUGAAACCGAGACCGGACGACAACCAACAGCCACAGCCCUCCUUUCAGGCGCAAACAUCGCUGGGACUUUCACUUUCAAAGGACAAGAGCAAAACAGACCCGAAGGUUGUAACUCGCGUCGGUAGGCCAGCGAGACCUAGCAUCGAGGCAACCACCCAUAUACUCCAUACUGCCGAACGGACACUACACAACGACCGCGGUAGCCAGCACCAACAACAGCAGGGUAAUCAUACAGGUAGUCAGAUGAGAAGUUUAGGUGCUGAAAAACUACGCUCCGUAAUUUUGCGCCCUGAUCGCCUAUGUUUUCCAGAUAGCAAUAAACUUCCGACAACUACAGUUGAAAGCCUCCAAGUGAAACGUGUGCUUCAAGUGGAGCACCUUGAUGGUCCCAAAGCGGACCGUAACUACUCCAAUAAGAUGGAGCUCUGUCCAGAUCAGCCUGCUGUGCCUCUCAAGUACGCCCGUGCUCCAGAUGGAAAGAAGGUCGUCUCGUCCGGACAUCCACCAAGAUUGGAGCAGCUUGAAGAUGUCAAAUAUGUAAAUCCUUCACGCAUAAAAAAACGUACAGCAAAAAAAGAAGAUACGCCUCUCUCUCGUUCUGUUACUUUGUUCUCCGAAAGGGUUUUUUCUCCAUUUACUUCACUUCCUGUUCAAGACGAGGAACAUAUUCACUAUGAUUCGGUGGUGAAGAGUCCUCGGGGCAAUGGGCAAGAAGUCGGUAUUCAUACAGAUGCUCCUUCAAGACCCCCUGUUGGACAUGGCGACAUCCAAAUGAAGGAUGUCAAUGAUGAUGCCCACGAACCUCCUGUCCCACAGUUUAGUGGUUCCACUCUCGCUUCAUCCAGUUCGAGAACAGUCUAG